AAAGUGUGGAGGGAAGUGCAAGGAAGACACAAAUCUGAAAGUUAAAAGUCAACGGAGCAGUGCUGAAUAUGUGAUGGCAUGCGGAAAAGAGCCAAGUGCAGGGAAAAUGUGAAACAAGAAAGGGGUAAUGCGGGAAAUGUGUACAAUAAUCCGGGACAGCGACAUUUUCUGCACAAAUCGGGACAGUUGGGAGGCAUGGCCACUAAUAGCGAAGUAUUUAUUUCAGUGCAAGCAAGCAGUACGCUGCUUUGAUUCAUUCAUAGCUGAGAUUUCCCUCCUCUCAUGCUCUUUUAUGAUAGGUAGAAAAUCACUUGUGGGUAGGACAUGGAAACGCAGCGUUGCUCUACUACUACUGGCAUACAUUCACUGUGCGUCUUAUACACCUUAUGAGGAACCGCCAUUUUUUUUAAGGGUUUCCUACUGCUUGCCUGACCAAUCCACAGCACUGACUCUGCCCACUCUAGUCAGUGGCUUCUUCCUUCUUGUGAUGCACAGCUCGGUGCCGGGCUGAAUGUAGCCGCUGUGACGUGUCAAGCAGCUGAAACGUGCGUGAGCUCCUUCCCCGCCCUGUCUCCUGCCCACAUGCCCAGCUCUCAGCUACGGGGGGGAGGAGAUGUGAAUGAGGGGACUAGACUGGCUAGAGCUAACGGAAAGUCACUAUGCGUUGAGGGAAACUGAGAGCCCCUGCUUGUGGACAUGUCUGCCUAUGGCCCGUGGAGGAUUGCUGCUGGUCUCCUGGCCAACCUGCUGUCAUCUAUCUGCAUUGUGUUUCUAAACAAGUGGAUUUAUGUCCAUUAUGGAUUUCCUAACAUGAGUCUCACACUGGUGCACUUUGUGGUUACCUGGCUUGGACUAUACUUAUGCCAAAGACUGGGGGUCUUUUGCCCAAAGAGCCUCUCUGCUUCCAAAGUGGUACUGCUAGCACUUAGCUUCUGUGGCUUUGUAGUAUUCACAAACUUGUCUCUUCAGAACAACACCAUAGGGACUUACCAGCUGGCCAAGGUUAUGACCACACCAGUCAUCAUCCUUAUUCAAACAAUGUGCUAUGGGAAGACUUUCUCCUUAAGGAUCAAGCUCACAUUGGUACCAAUUACAUUGGGAGUGUUUCUGAACUCCUACUAUGAUGUAAAGUUCAAUGUCCUGGGAAUUCUGUUUGCUGCUCUUGGUGUUUUGGUAACAUCAGUAUAUCAAGUGUGGGUUGGAUCGAAGCAACAUGAGUUACAAGUGAAUUCAAUGCAACUACUUUACUACCAGGCCCCUUUGUCAUCUGCUAUGCUGAUGUGUUUCGUUCCCAUAUUUGAACCAGUUAUUGGAGAAGGGGGUAUUUUUGGACCUUGGUCUCCUUCUGCUAUCGCCAUGGUACUCCUCUCUGGUUUUAUUGCCUUUACAGUAAAUUUAUCCAUCUACUGGAUUAUAGGAAACACUUCACCAGUCACAUACAAUAUGUUUGGACAUUUCAAAUUUUGCAUCACUCUUUUAGGAGGAUACCUACUUUUUGAGGACCCCCUUUCUCUGAACCAGGCCCUUGGAAUUCUCUGCACACUGUUUGGGAUUUUAGCUUACACCCACUUCAAGAUCAAUGAACAGGAAGUGAAUAAAAGCAAACUGGCUCAACGGCCGUGAGACAUUUUUUAUUGUCCCAAGACUAUAUCAUUACAAAAGAUUUUUUUAUUUUUUUAAAGUAUUAGUUUUUUUUCUUUAAGACAAUUUAGUUUGAAUGUCAAUAUAAUUAAUUUGUGUUAAGGGAAGAACUGCAUUGAAUAACUAUAUUCAAAUAAAUUGUGUCUAUAUAACUUUAUUUCUACAUACAAUUUUGUAAUCCGGCAUAUUAUGGCAUGCUUUCAAGUUCACAUUUGUUUUCACAAGACCUAAGCCAUCUGUUUUCUUUUUGAAAAAUAAUUAUAGAGGUGUUCCAUAACAAUGACAUGUUAGCAUGAUUGAAACUAGCACCAAGGCAUGUUUCCUUCGCCUAAUGAAACUACUAGGCUCGGUCAGUACCACAUACAAUGAGGACUCUUUUCCCCCUUUAAAAAUAUCUAUACAGAUAAUGAGGUUUAUGAUUUGCAGGACAGUUUUUUGUCUAUUCACACACAUGGGAUAUUUUUAGCAAAAUGUCAGAUUUCCUGGUGAGAGAUGUGCAGGCACACUAGGAUUAGGAUGCCAAAAUCUGCACUGUGUGCCUGCACCUGGGUCAACAAGGUGCAGACACAGAAAGAAGAAGGCUAAUGCAAGCAUAGGGGCUAAUUCUCACCCUGCAUUUAUCCGCAGCCCUGUGUGGCAGUAGCCUUAUUCAUAUACUUCUAGUAACUGAAUAUUUCCUUUCUCGGGUGUAAGGUAAUUUUGCUUGUGAGCUAUGUUUUAUAUAUAUAUUGUGCUGUAUAUUAUACAGCAAAGUUUAAAAAACACGCUUCUAUCAAAUUCAAUCUUUCAACCUUCUUUGCAUUAAAACCUACCAAACUUGUAGCUGAUUUAGAGGAAAUAUCUGUAGGCAGAUUUAUUUCCACUUUCUAGGUAAAUGUCACACAGAAAUACUUUUAAAGGUGACCUGUCACAUUAAAAAUAUGUGCAUUUCUUAUUAUUUGAAUAGGAAGCCAGUCAAAGAGCUCCCUCUACUGUGCAUGUUCCACUGGACCAGAGGGAAGCAAGCAUGCGCAGUGGACAGUUCUUUCACGGGCUUCUUUUUAAAGAAACUAUACCCCCAGAAUGAAUACUUAUAUCAGUAAGUAAUAAAUAUAUCAGUAAAUAUUACCCUUUAACAUUCUUUCCUUUGAUCUACCAUUUAAAGAUGGGCUGAGAGCUCCCUCAGAGAUCACAUGACCAGAUAUAAUGCAGCUCUAACUGUAACAGGAAGAAAUGUGAAAUUGGCUGAUGUGGCCUAGCAUGUAUGUGUGCCUUGGCUUGUUUGUGUGCGCUGUGAAUCCUGUGACUACGGGAGGCGGCCCUUAAUUCUUAAAAUGACAAUUUUUUAUUUAGGAGUACCCAAUAACACACUGUACUAAAGUAUAUUUUUAUGAAAAUUGUUUAUUUAGAUGAAGCAGGGUUUUACAUAUUAGCUGGUUUAUGCAAUAUAUUUUUAUAGAGACCUAUAUUGUUUGGGGGUAUAGUUUUCCUUUAGGGCUCGGCACACGGGGAGAUUAUUAUUACUGUAAUAAUAAAAAAAUAUAUAUUUUGAAUAGUAAAGAGAAUGUGACUCUAGGCAACUUUCUAAUAUACAUUUAUUAAAGUUCUUAUCGAUUUUAAA